AGUGCUCACAUGACUUUUUUAGAGACUGAUACCAACAUUUAAGAGGCACAUGGAUACACUUUAGAGACAGUUGGAUAGACACAUGAACAGGGAGAGAAUAGGAGGAUACAGACAAAAUGCAGGCAAAUGCUAUUGGUUUAGAAUGGCACCAUGUUGGCACAGUCAUGGUGGGCUGAAAGACCUGUUCCUGUGAUGUACUGUUCUGUGAUUUGAAGGGAGUACAUUGUUCAGGAUAUUGCUGAUAAUAAGGUUUGUUUACUCCAGGUGGCGCUGUUCAGCCUUUGGACUGAUAAGAAUGGAAAGCAGUCAUUGUGUGCGAUAUGAGCUGCUGGCUGAGAUUGGAGAAGGAGCUUACGGAAAAGUGUACAAAGCAAGAGACCUGGAAAACAAUGGGAGGUUUGUGGCACUGAAAAGGAUUGAGAUUCCAAGAACGAAGGAAGGUAUCCCUUUCAUAGUAAUUCGGGAGGUGGCCUGGUUAAAACAGUUAGAAGUUUUUGACCAUCCAAAUGUUGUCAGGUUGUUUAACGUGGAGCUUAGUUCGCGGACAGAUGAGGUGAUGAAGUUGACACUUGUGUUCGAACUCGUUGAGCAAGAUUUAUCCAUGUUUCUGACAAAGGUUCACAAGCCAGGCCUUCCUCAUAAAGAAGUAAAGAAUAUAAUGCUGCAACUGUGUAGAGGCCUAGAUUUCCUCCAUGCAAACCGUGUGGUACAUCGAGAUUUGAAGCCACAGAAUGUCCUGGUUUCAAACAGUGGCCAGGUGAAGUUAGCAGACUUUGGUCUGGCUCGAGUGUACAGCUUCAACAUGGCACUGACUCCUGUGGUUGUUACUCUGUGGUACCGAGCACCGGAAGUGCUUUUAAAUUCAAGAUACACAGCAGCUGUUGACAUUUGGAGUGUUGGCUGCAUAUUUGCUGAAAUGCUUCAACUCAGACCCUUUCUUUGUGGGAUUUCAGAUAUUAAUCAACUGCAAAAAAUAUUUGAUACCCUCGGUCUUCCUGAUGAAGAGGAGUGGCCUACAGAUGCUCCAUUGCCCUACAGCUCCUUUACGGCCAAGCCUCGAAAGCCAAUUGAAGAUUUACUGCCUCAGAUUGACUCAUUGGGGAAAGACUUACUACUUAAAUGCCUUCACUUCAAUCCGGAUCAAAGGGUAUCCACCCAUGAGGCACUUGCCCAUCCUUAUUUUAGUGAAACGCCAGAACAUUUUGAGGUCAGCAGUCACGAAUGAGCAGGAGAGCACUUUGUGUUGAACAAAAUGUCGGCUCAUUUCUAAUUAAUAUCCACACCGAGUACCAAAUUAAAAGGGAGAAGCAGUGUGAAUGUAAAUUAUUGUGGGCGCAGAAUAGUGAAGUGGUUCCCAUCUAUUUCAGCUUGCGACUAUAAUCGAAAAGUACACCAUUGGAUGAAGCUCACUUUGGAGCAUCCAAAGGUCAAAGAAGGUGCUAUAUAAAUGCAGCAUUUUUUUCUUGAAACACGACUUGUUUUAGAUGAUACAAAGAUGGCUGUUGAUGUAAAAUGUGCUAUCAUUAGUAGAGUGUUGUGCUUUGUAAACUACAAUUGCCAUGUGGUUGAAGAUUGACUCUUGAGUACAUUUCUUUUUGUUAUUGGUGCAUCAGGACUGCUGCUGAGCGACACCGCAAAAGGUUUUUUUUAACCCUGGAAAUAAGUCUGCCAACACAACAAAAAUGUCACACGUUAAAGGCUGCCAGACGUCUGGAGACUUUGCAGAGCUCAAAUAUAAAGAACUGGGAUCAUUAAUAUUUUCUUUAAAAAAGGAAUCAGAUAUUACUGAAAUGGCAUACUUUCUACGCCAUUUACACUUUGAGGAAAGUGACUAACAUUAUCCCAUUUCACACAAAAGCCAUAAAUAAAUGUAGUUAAAUGAAGAAUACGUCAGGGUGGAAUGGUAAAUGGAAAAUUAACUGCUAACCUGGCAGAGACACAAUAACAUUGUCUUCAGUCCUGCCCUACCCUCACCUGAAUUUCCUUGGGCACUUUCUGGUCAGUUGAAGUGGAGUUUGAGCGCCUUGCUCUACUCAUCAGAAGGUGGAGAGGCAUACCACACAUAACUGAAGUCAUUACAGUGAAUUUUCACCCAGUUAGUGUUGCAAAGAAGCCUUGUUUACAGUGCUCGGGUAACAGGGUGUUGUGAAGCCUUGGAUUUAAAAUUUAUGAGCCCAUUGACCUCACUGCAACAUCUCAAAGGAACAUAAAAACCAGGAGCAGAGUAGGCCGUUUGGCCCUUAGAGCCUGCUCUGCCAUUCAACAAGAUCCUGGCUGAUCGUUUCGUAGCCUCCACUCCACUGGAGUGGAUCAGUUAUUAAUAGUGGAGCCAGAACUCCGACACUUUGGGAUAAGGUUACAGCAGUAAUCCUUUCCCGAAGGUUUUUCUCAAUUUGUAAUGAUGUCACCUCACCAAUAUAUCAAGUGCAACUUUUAUUUUGUUUCACAUUUGUGGCUAAAGAGCAAAUUAUAUAAACAAUGUCCCAUAAAACUGUCUUGGAUAAUUUUUUUUCGAAUGUAAAGGAUUCUGGAUUAUCCUUCAGAAGUUAUUAGAUAAAGUGAGUGAAGAUUGGUAAUUUCAGUAAAAUUACAUGCUGCCAUUGUUGCACGUAGUAGUUUUACAUGGAUAUUUUAUAGCAUGUGGAAACAUGCAUUUUGUGAAAUACUAAUGUGAACAGCAUCACUGGAGACUGAAGUGUGGAGCAGAGUUGAAGAAAGCAGGAAGAGUCCAAAGUUUGAUUUCUGCUCUGAGUUGUUAACCUGGUGUUAGCUGAUAGGGCUGUCAGGGGUCUGAGUCUGUGAGAGGAGGAAGUCAAUCUCAGGAGAAGGAAACUUUACCAAACGUGUACAAAAUGCCAAGCAGUAGACAGUCAGUGAUGGCAGAGCCCCGUGGAAGUGUUGGCGGUAGAAAGCACCUUUUUUCAAUGAGACCAAAGUGGAGCUCUGCACAAUGUUUGGAAUGCAGCAAGCCAGGCAGCGUCAGGAG